AUGCCGAAAAGCAUCCUAGAAAUAGUCAGAGACUGCGACAACUUUCCCUACAACCAACCAGGCGACACAGCCGCCUACGAGCAACAGCUCUCCACACUAUGGAAAUUCUACCUCCCCAAUGACCCGCGACCCCACGGGUACCUCGUUGACUGGGUUGUGCAGCGCAUGCCCUGGACCGAGGACUUCCACGUGCUCCCCUCCCCGCACAAGGAGAUCCACCUGCUGCCGCCGGCGUCGGCAUCCGACACCGACGACCCAGCGAGCAGCAGCGGGCCCUGCGACUCCUGGACGGAGCGGUGCGAGCGCAGCAUCGACGCGCUGCUGGAUGCGGCGCGCGCCACCGCCGUCUUCCCGAAGCUCGGCCGGAAGCGCGCGGACUCGGAGCGGUUCCCCAUCGUCGGGGCGCGCGUGCCCGUGAGCAUGGACCGCGCCGCUAUCUCGCUGUUCGGGAUCAUCGGCCGCGGCGUACAUUUGACGGUAUAUGUGCGGACGAGCGCCGGGCUGAAGUUCUGGGUGCCCCGGCGGAAUGAGCGCAAGGCGACGUAUCCGGGCUUGCUCGAUAAUACGGUUGCCGGGGGUGUGGCGGCUGGGGAGGCGCCGUUGGAGUGUUUGGUGCGCGAGGCGGAGGAGGAGGCUGGGAUGGAUGCGGGGCUGGUGCGGCAGGCGCGCGCAGCGGGGACGGUAACGUGGUUGAACGUCAGUGAUGAGCGGGCGGGCGGGGAGCCCGGGUUGAUGAAUCCGGGGUUGCUGUAUGUGUAUGAUUUGGAGGUUGGGCCGGAGGUGGUGCUGCGGCCUGUGGAUGAAGAAGACGUGGCGGAGUUUUGUCUGAUGGAUGUGCAGGAGGUGCUGGAGGCGAUGGCCGAGGGGAGGUUCAAGCCGGCGAGCGCGAGUGUCAUGGUGGAUUUCUUCGUGAGACACGGCUUGAUCACCGCCGAGGACGAGGAGGACUACGCGGACAUUGUGUCCCGACUGCAUCGGAUUCUGCCGUUUGCUACGAGUCCGGGAAGUCCGGGACCAAAAAGGUCUUGA